UGUUUUUGUUUUUGUUUUUCCAUCUCGCUUUAAUUUUACGAUUCUCUGUUUAAAAUUUGACUUUCGGUGAACUUCAUUCAACCAAAUUUCUUUGGCGAAAUUUGUACUGAUCACCCGUUUCUGUAAUUUGACUGUAUAUGUGAAGUAUUUCAGUGCAUAUCAAUUUUGUUGUUCUUGAUUAUGCAUGAUUUAUUUAGGGAUUCAAUCAUAGAUAGAAACACCAUUUUGUCAAAAGACUGCCUGCUUUAACUUUUUCAUUACAUUUCCCUUCUGUAUAUGUUCAAGCGGUUUAUGAUACCUCUGCUUUAGAUUAUUACUAGGUUGACUAAUCAGGAGAUUCCAAACCCAUGUUCCUCUCCUUGUCCCCAUGCACUCGAUGCCCAAUUUGCCUUUACUUGGCGUGCAUCACCAGUAGUUUUUUAACACCCAUUUUUUCAUCAUAAAACCUGAUUAAAUCAGCUUGAGAUUUCCAAACCCUUUUCACCCCCACUAAAGCUUUCUCGUCUUCUGCAUCGCGUUCUUAUCAUAGAAUAUGGCGCUGUGUUGUUGAAUCUGAAUCAGAAAAGCUUUUUUCAGUUGCUUCGUCUGAUCACUUGGGGUUUUGUUUGGGGUCUCUGCAGCCUUUCCCCUUUCCCCCCCUUUUUUUUCACUGGAACCGGAUCGUGCCAACUUCAUUUUGUAUGCUUCUCCCUGGGGCUCCACAGUUGGGAACUGAAGACCGAUGAAAAAGAAAAAGCAUUUUUAGAAAUGAAGUUUAUGAAAUUGGGAACGAGGCCUGAUUCCUUCUACACAGAAGCAGCUACCAGGACAGUUCUUUCCGAUGUCCCUGGCAAUAUUGUUAUAUGCAUCGACAAUACCAGCUACCUCCUCCACAAGUUUCAGCUUCUGCCAAAAUGUGGCCUCUUGCAACAUCUCUGUCCUGAUUUGGGUGGUUCUAACACUGCUACUAUUGAGCUUCAUGACGUUCCCGGUGGUGCAGAAGCUUUUGAACUGUGUGCCAAGUUCUGUUAUGGUAUGACCAUUAAUAUCAGUGCCCAUAACCUCGUACCUGCACUCUGUGCUGCUAAGUUUCUCCGCAUGACCGAAGCAGUGGAGAAGGGAAAUCUUGUUCCGAAGCUCGAGUCUUUCCUCCACUCGUGCAUUCUUGUUGGUUGGAAGGAUACCAUUGUUACCCUACAGAGCACAGUGAAGUUGCCUGAGUGGUCGGAGAAUCUUGGAAUUGUCAGAAAGUGCAUCGAUUCAGUUGUUGAGAAAAUCCUAACGCCACAUUCAAAGGUAUCAUGGUCCUACACUUAUACAAGACCAGGUUACACUAGAAAAAACAACCCAAGUGUCCCGAAAGAUUGGUGGACCGAGGAUUUGUCAGAUCUUGACAUCGAAUUGUUUCGCUGUAUAAUUUUGGCGGUUAGAUCUACAUACAUUCUACCACCACAACUUAUUGGAGAAGCCCUGCAUGUCUAUGCCUGUCGUUGGCUACCCGACACUGGAAAAGUCAAGCCUUCAGAGACUAAAAUUACUCAGAGCAAAGAAGAUUUGGAGAAGAGUCGACAAAUUCUUGAAAAAAUAGUCGGUAUGAUUCCUUCAGAUCGGGGAUCGGUUUCGGUUGGCUUCUUGCUUAGGCUCCUUAACAUAGCAAACUAUCUAGCCGUGUCGUCAAUGACGAAAACUGAAAUAAUUCGGAGAUCAAGUCUGCAGUUUGAGGAGGCAAGAGUGAGUGACUUGCUCUUUCCUUCACAGUCAACCUCCAACUCACACUUGUAUGAUGUUGACUCGGUUGUAGCGGUGUUGGAAUGUCUUCGGGCGCUGUGGCGGAGGCAGUAUUCUGGGGCUGCAGAAAACAGUCAUUUCUUGAGAUAUAUUAGAAAGGUGGGGAAGCUUGUCGAUUCAUAUCUUCGGGUGGUCGUGAUGGAUAUCAAUAUGCCUGUAUCUAAAGUGAUCCAACUUGCUGAAGCUUUGCCAGAUAUUGCUCACCCGAACCACGACGAUCUUUACAAGGCAAUAAACAUGUAUCUCAAGGAACACCCUGAUCUGAGUAAGGCAGACAAAAAGCGCCUAUGUCGAAUUCUAGACUGCCAGAAGUUAUCACCAGAAGUCCGUGCCCAUGCUGUGAAGAAUGAACGGUUACCGUUAAGAACUGUCGUGCAGGUCCUCUUCUUUGAUCAAGAGAAGGGAACAAGUUUCACACCCAUUGCAAAACAUCUGAUUUCUGUCGAAAAACAGACAACAUUCACCAGCGACAAUCAUGGUAAGCCAAAAGCAGCGGAUGUGGACAACAGCAUCGAUAAAGAAGUAAGAGAUCGAAAAGCUUUCUCCGAAAGCAGUGAGAAGGACGGACAUAGAACAAGAAGAGCAGAUGUGAAGCUGCCACAUGAGAAGGAAAUAAAAGAUGAUAAAUCAGAACUUGAUGUGAAGUCAGUGAGGAGUAGUAGUAGGACCAGGGAAAGCAAGUCCAUGAUAAAGUCAGAUUCUAAGAAAAUGGUACCAAAAGGAAGCAGAUCAGAACAUGGUGGUGAACAGAGACAGGUAAAAGGAUGAAGGCAGAUACAGAAAAGAAAAAGAAAAAAAAUACCAAAUCAGACCAUUUUUCGCCUUCGUUUAUUUAUUUUUUUAUUGUCGUUUCGUUGUCCUGUACUGUAAUAGAUCUAAAUCUAAUGCAAGUUACAUUGUCAUGAAAUUUUAUCACCAUGCUCAAAAA